CCGCCCUGCCGCCCGCCCGCCCGCCAGACAGUCAGUCAGUCAGCUACUUCUGUGGGGUUCCUUGGCGCCAGUCAGCCUGCAGAACACACUCAACACCCACACAAUCCGUACCACCAGGUACUCUCUGCAUCAUCGGGGUGGUUCCCCACCCCGUACCUAAGGCGCCUGGCCGUCGAGCACGAUGGGUGCGAUGGGACCGAGGAUGCGACGGACUUUGGCGGCAGUCAGGGGGAAUCGCUGGGCGAAGGGGGCGUCAUGAGGGACACCUGCUGCUGGGGCCUCGCUGGUUGUGAUGAUGACGUGCACUGCAUGCAGACAACAGGAGAGCAGAUGAUUAGACGACACGACAGCAUGAGGAUGUGUUGUCAACGUGAAUGCGUACCGUCCUGGUUGUCAGCUGGGAGAAGGACAAAGGAAAUGUAUGCGAUGAACGGGUCGGCGGCCGUCAUCAGCACAUGCGACCGCGCACAGGUCCCACUGGCCGCCUCAAAUGCCGUCACGUCUGAGCACUCGUCAAGGGCCGUGUGUGGUGAUCGAGUCAUGAUGCGGUCGAGGUGGCCCCCACGCACACGACUGACAGACACAUCAAUAACGCACCACCUAGCCAUUUGCCCUCUCAUUAGCUGCCGUCCAUCCACUCACCGGUCCACCACUACCGUUGGCGAGUGGUUGAAGCCGCCCACAGCCAACACCUGGUGACUAGCAGCAGAUGCUUCAGCAUGGAACUCGCCGAUGCGUCAACGGGCCCAUUGUUGACACCAACUGUCGCCCAGCCCACACCGUUCUGCCACUGAAUGUUGUGGCGGACGGGCGGGUCGUGUGGCUUGGCGUGGUGGGUGAAGGGGUGCUGCGAGAAGGGAUGGACGGGGCGGUUGGGCUGGGGGAGGGGCGGGUUGAUCGUGAUGAUGAAGCCGGGCUGAUUGCGGAUGAUCCGGAGCUCGUUGUUGUGGCGAAACAGCUCGAGUGUGCCGUCUUGCUGGCCAGUGGGGCGGCGAAAGGCCACACGCCGGCCGACGAGCAUCCACUGGGCACAGAAACGGGGCAGCGCCAAGAAGUCCUGAAUGAAGACCACACACUCCAACAUCCAGCAGCUCGCCUAUUGCCUCUUCUGUGUGUCGUGUCUACCGCCUUGGUGGCGUGUGUCGGCAGGUCUCCAGCAGUCAUAGUGACCGGCAGCUGGCAAUAGCCGCAGUGCUCCGAGAGUCUCAGUGUGUCGGCCACCUCCCGCCAGCCGCCCUCGCCCCCCUCCUCCACCACCCACAUGGCCUUCAUCACAUCGCCGUGGCUCAGCUGAUCGUCGAACUGCACCACACCACUCAGCCCCACCCGCUCGAUGGCCUUCGGCAGCCGAAGGCGGCGGACGAUCGGCCGGAGGGCAUUUUUGAUGGGUCGGGCUGUCGACUUGAGGUGGGCGACGGCGGUAAGGUCAGACAGCUCCAGGAUGACGCUCAUGGGGUUGGCGGGAAUGUCAGUCAGGUGCAACCGUCGCGCUUGAUGACACACAGACAGAAGGACAUGCACACAACACAGCACAUAAGAGGUGCACACCACAUCAGUGUGGGUCUUGUGUUUGUGCCUGCCUGUGGUCACUCCCCCACUCACAUGUGUGCGGCGAUGUCUUGUGAGUGCGAUGGUCGAGUUGAUGGUCUCUGCCAACUCGGCCAGCACGUUCGACACAGCAGCAAAUUGACGACUCACCUUGGCCACCAUCUGACGAAUGAAUCAACACGACGAGAGCAACGCCAAGCAAAGGAGACUCCACAGACACACAGAGGGCCUUGUGGUGUGUGGUGUGCUUGGCAGCCUGCCGCACUAGUGGUGCCAUCGAAGCAGCGGUGUCCAUCUGCAGAAGUUGGUCGAUGCAGCUGUUGACCUGCACACACCACACACACACACACACACACACAAGCAGCCGAUGAGCUUUGGAUGCACUGCAUGGAAUGGACGAGUCGGUUGUGUGUUGGUCAGCUGAUACCUGAGCCUGCUUCGUCCGAUAGCCUUCCACCUGGGGCAGCAGCUGCGCCCGUAUCACCGCGCUCAUCUGCACCAAACCGAAUGACAAACCACACACAGACAGCACAAGUGAUUCACGUCAUGAUGUAGGGAUUUGCCUGGCCUGCAGCUCCCUCUUCUCACCUGGGCGGCGGCACUGGCAGCCAUCGUGCGACCAAGUCGCGAAAGCUAUGGAUCGGAGUGCUGUCUUGCGGCUUCAACGGGCUCUUCACGCC